GAGAUGUCACUUGAAAAGGGGAAGGACAACAUGUUUUGGAAAGUUCUCAUGGAACACAAAGUGCCGAAGAAAAAGUUGAAGAAGAAGAAUGCCAAGUUGAGUAAUGCGAAAGAGCUGGCACUCAAGUACCACAUCGGUAAAGAGGAUGUUGAGAAGGUUGGUUUCUGCUAG